AUGGUUUUCAAGACUCAAGAUUAUCCGUGCGCGGAUUCCUUCGAUCUGAACCUUGAAUCUCUUUGGGAGGAGUUCUCUGAUGUACCGACCCUACCACCCUGUAUCGGGGCCAACCACCACAGUCAAACCUUCAUCUAUCCUUUCGAUGAUUCUGUAUUCAGUCAAGGAGCGAAAGGAGCUAGCCCCGUUAGAUGCCUUCACGACGCCACGGUUGAAAAAAACUGCUGGAUCUACUGGACUGGACCCGAUCCGCUGUGCCCCACCACCUCCGCCGACGAUAUCUUUCUCUACCUGUCAGACUUUUACCUCUGUGAGCACGUCCACUGGGUGGAAUUCCGUCUUUCCAAAGUUCACCUAGUGACAGAAGAGGUCCUGGAACAAUAUCCGUUCUUUCUCCCUCGUACCGAGUCCGUACUGGGAAACUUGCGCCGCCUCCGUCGGUGCAUGCUUAACAUCCUUUCGCAGCAAUUCCACACAGAAGAACAUCAGCAUCACUUCCAGUUGUUUAUUCGGCCUCUCAUCGACAGAAUUUAG